UGAUGUCACAGCAGAGUCAGAACCCAACAUUCCAACCUGAGCUCAGAAGUCUCUCAGAGAUCCGACAGAGUAACACGAAGGUAAGAGACUUCAAACUACCGUCGCUUGUAGGUGAACUGAUCGUCGCUGAAAUCUACAGAAAACAAAGAUGGACAAAUAUUCUGCAGAGACGUUUAACACUUCAGCCCUCAGGAGAACAGAAGAGAGCAACAGCAGCACCACGCUACAGGGUCCAGAGUCUGUGAAGGACAGCAGAUCAAAGAAAAGUAGAAGAAAUAAUAAUAGUGCAGAUGAGGCCCCCAGAAAAAGGUCCAGGGUCUCUGAGGUGGCUGAACCCUCUACAAGCUGCCAGGACCAGAUCAGGACAGUGAGGAGAGCAAAGAGGAAAAUGACCGAAGAAGGAGAGGGACCUUUGCCACCAGUCAAGAAGAGGAAGAAGGGACUCCUGGAGUUGGUUCUGACUAAAGAGUCACCUUCCUCCUUGGUGGACAACAGCAGAGAAACCAGCAGCUCCAAUCUGGCACAUUACAGUAAAGAAACAGGAGAUUUAAGGAAGUGGAUUCUGAAGAGGAAGGCUGAGGAAUUCAAAGAAGCACCCAGGAAGAUGGUGAAGACAGAGACCAAACAAGAAAGCGCGGAUUCCCAAAGAGCCAAAUUUGAGGAGAAAUAUACUGAGCUGCAUCAGUUUGGAGAAGGAGGCUUUGGAUAUGUGUUUGCUGGCUAUCGGAAGGAGGAUAAAUUACCUGUAGCCAUUAAACAUAUCCCAAACCAGAAAGUGGUCCUCACACAUAAGGAUGAGAAUGGCAGGCAGCUGGCAUUGGAAGUGGCUGUCAUGUUAAAACUGAGGGCUGUAACAACCAGUUCAGUGGGGCAGUCAUCCAUGGUGGUCCUGCUGGACUGGUAUGAUCUGGACCAGGAGCUGAUUUUAGUGAUGGAGAGGCCCAUGUCUGCUGAGAGCCUCUUUGACCACCUUAAAGAUCACAAAGGUCCACUAAAACAGAAGGAGGCCAAGAUCAUAAUGAAACAGCUUGUGGAAGCAGGGAUUCACCUUCAGCAUGCAAACAUCUUCCACAGAGAUAUUAAAGCAGAGAACAUCCUGAUUGAGACCAACUCAGGAGUCCCACGAGUUUAUCUCAUAGACUUUGGUUUAAGCUGCUAUGACAACAGAAGAAAAUUUGAGCUUUUCUAUGGUACUAUUGAUCACAUUCCACCAGAAUUUGACAGACACGGGACCUACAGUGCUGGACCUACAACAGUGUGGCAGCUGGGAGUGCUCCUGUUUGAGGUUCUCCACAACAAGAUGUUCAAGACCUCCAGCUUCCUCCAAAACGAACUGAAGAUCGGCAAAAGGCUCUCCAAAAAAUGCAAGGAUAUUCUAACAAAGUGCCUGACUAUAAACCAAGAGGAGCGUCCCACCCUGGAGGAGCUACUGUGCCACCCGUGGUUUUCGUAAACGCACAAACACACACAAACAUUACCACACAUCAGUAACAUACUUCACAAGCCAUUUUUUUACUAUUUGUCAUUAGCAGCAAAUUCGGACUAAUUAGGAGUGGGUUUGCCCAGGCCUUAUGGAUUGGUCCCCAUUUCAGAAACAUCCCUUAACUUAACUUUAGAUCCGUGGCUUUUCUCCGGGUGCUCCGGUUUCCCCCCGUAUUCCAGAAACAUUCCUUAGUUUAACUUUAGAUUUGUGUCUUUUCUCCGUGUGCUCCAUAUGUCAGAAACGUCCGUUAGCUCAAUUGGAGAUUGGUGGCUUUUCUCCCUGUGCUUGAGUUUCCCUCGCAGUCCAGAAAACAUCCAUUGGCUUAAUUGGAUAUUCAUUAAUUUUAUUUGGUUGCUCCAGUCUCCUUCCACAUGCCAAAAAACAUAGAUUGUUUAAUUGGAGAUUUGUCUUUUUUCCUAGAUGCUAAGGUUUCCACACAUAGAAACCAUCCCUUAGGUUAACUUUAGAUUUGUGUCUU